AUGCUCCUCAAAGCAAGUCUCAUCAUGUCCCUCUUAUCCACCAUGCCACUUGCACUCUCCGCCCCCACCGACCCCCCUCCAGACUACAGCCUCCCCGAGCCUUACAACUGCGGCUACGUCCUCACCGAGCACAACAGCAGUUCCUACGCUGGCCUCCCUGCGAUAAACUGGUGCGCGCCCAUCUACUACAAUGAAAGUAUCCCGGGUUAUCAGGAGGCGUGGGCGUAUAAAUUAUUUGGAGGCUGCAAAUGCGGCUUCUUCAGGGAGGUUAACGAUUGCAUUAAUACGAUAAAUCCGCCGUUGAUUGAGGGGCCGACACGUGGAGGUCCGGGUCAUGAGGCGCUGUUUAAAGACCCAAAGCCGAGGUGGUUCAACUGUUUCAAGACGACUUGA